GGUCAGCAAUCACAAGUCAACAACUUAGACAAGCGUGUGUACGUUCCGUGGUGUUUAGUGCGCAAUAACAGUAUAUUUUGGAAAUAUCCUCUACAAAUCGGUAUAAAAAUGAAAAUCGCUAUUGUAUUCGCUGCAUUUUUCAUUGCCAUCGUCGUGGCUGUGCCCAUCGAUGAUCCAUCACAGGCGCAAAUUUUGCGUUUGGAUUCGGAUGUGAAGCCUGAUGGCUACUCGUUCGCUUUGGAGACCAGCGAUGGUAAGACUCACAAUGAGGAAGGUCAGUUGAAAAAUAUCGGCGCUGAGGAUGAGACAAUUGUUGUGCGUGGCUCAUAUUCAUUUGUCGCUGAUGAUGGUCAAACCUAUACUGUUAACUAUAUUGCCGAUGAGAAUGGCUUCCAGCCGGAAGGCGCUCAUUUGCCCAAUGUGGGUAUACACUAAAAGCACUUUGCCCCGA